AAAAGUCACGAGACUCGACUAAGGAGCACACGAUCGAAGCAGAAUUAGGCAGGAAAGAAGGGCCGCCGUUAACGAUCCGCUGACGGAGGUCGAAUCAAGAAAGCACCCCUGAGAAGGGCUAAGGAGAAGGCAGGAAUGGCGAUGUACGUGGACGAAGAGGAGGUGUGGAAAUGCCCGAAGCACCCCACGCGGCGUCGCCGCAGCGGCAUCUGCCCCAAGUGCCUCCGCGAGAGGCUCGACGGCCUCUGCCCCGACUGCGCCAACCUCCGCCCCUGCAGCUGCUGCGCCUCCACUACCUCCUCAUCCUCCUCCUCCUCGUCUUCGUUCUCCCGGUUCUUCGCCGGCGAGUCGGCCGGCGGGGCCUCCGUCGGGAAGGUCUCCAACCUCAUCGACUCCGAGCCCUCGUUCCGCCGUUCCCGCUCCGUCGCGGUCUCCUUCUUCCGGUCGAGGUCGAAGUUCGUGAGGGAGUUGGACGCCGACAUCGGUGUCGGUGUCGGUGUCGGCAACGGGGACGGCCCGCACCUACGCCCCGCGGACUCGCCGCACAGGACGCCGUCGUUCUUCGGUCUGUUCAGCAGAGACAAGAGCAAGAGAGCGGGACCUCGAGCUGAGGCCGCGGAGCGCACGAGCGGGGCCGAAUCUGACGACGCGGCGGCGGAGAGGAGGACUAUGAUGAGGAAGUCGAGGUCGGUGGCGGUGACGUCGAACCCGCUCGGCGGCCGGGGCGCCGCGUCGGCGGGGCCGGCGGCGGCGAAGGGGAGGAGCUGGCACUUCCCAAGCCCGAUGAAGGUGUUCCGGCAGUCGAAGUUGACGAAGGUGGUGGGCCAGGAGCGGUCGCCGUUGUACAGAGGUUGAAAAUCGAAUCUUCCUUCAACAUGAAGUUGAUAAACCAUAUGAAAUUCCUGCAUAUACAAUACGAGUUUUGAACGAUUGGAUGUUGUCGUCGCUGUGUUGUAUUGUAAUCCGUGAUACUGACAAGACAUUUCGGAAAUCGAAAUCCCAAAGUCAAGGCAAUAACAUCUUCAUUUCCCUC